CUUCAAUACACCAAGACAAUAUUGAUCAAUGGCACAGGCGGCGAAGAAGAAGCUCGUAGUCUGUGGUGGAAAUGGGUUUCUGGGGAGCCGCAUCUGCAAAGCUGCCGCACAUCGCGGAUGGCAGGUCACGUCAAUAAGUCGCUCCGGUGAUCCCAAUUGGUCCUCCCUAUCCUCAUCCCCCAAUCCCCCAACUUGGUCCAAAAAUAUCUCCUGGCAGAAGGGUGACAUCCUCAAUCCCUCGACAUAUACAUCUCAUCUCGAAAACGCAGAUGCUGUAGUACAUUCUAUGGGCAUACUUCUUGAAGCAGAUUACAAGGCGGUCGUGUCAGGGAAAGAGUCGCCGUGGAGUGGUCUCCAGCGUGCAUUUAGUGCCACGAAAGCCGGAACCCAGAAUCCAUUGGAGAGAAAAGAAGGGGAGCCGCUAAGGCCGCAGGAGAAAGAUGGGCAGCUGACUUAUGAGGUUAUGAAUCGGGAUACUGCGGUCAGUCUUGCAAAAGAGGCCUCUCUGAAGUCCGUCCCGAAUUUCGUCUACAUUUCCGCUGCAGCUGGCACACCUAUCCUUCCCACCCGCUAUAUUUCGACCAAGCGCGAAGCGGAAUCUAUAAUAUCCACUACCUUCCCAAAGAUGCGGAGCAUCUUCAUCCGAGCACCGUUCAUGUACGAUUCAUCGAGGAGCUUCACAAUACCUAUUGCUGUUGCCGGGAGUGUUGCAUCUAUAGUUAAUGGCAUGGUUGGAGGAAGGCUCACAUGGUUGAUGGGUGCUGGAGGGAUAAAGCCCCUCAAAGCGGACCUUGUUGGCGAGGCUGUGGUUGAAGCGCUUGAAGAUGAAAGCGUUCAUGGGCCGGUGGAAGUCAAAGAGAUUGAAACCCUGGGAAUGCAGGCUUGGAGAAAGAACAUGCUAUAAGGUCUCGGCAAUGUAUAGUAUUGCUGAUUGUACAAUAGUUCUUAUCUCACUCGCCACUCAAGAGCAAUAGAAUUGGCAUUGGCGGCUUCACUACUGCAUGCUAGUAUUGCGCAUAUAAAGC